AUGGAAGAUAAAAACCAAAGCGAGAUACUCACAAUAAAAGAUCCAACAAAAAUAACAAAAUCCGGUGAACCAUUAAAAUUAAAACUAUAUAAAAAAAGGUGGCUAAUGCUGAUCAUUUAUAUGAUUUAUGCUGGAUCGAAUUCUUUUCAAUGGAUAGAAUACUCGAUCAUAACCAACGUAGUUACUAGAUAUUAUGGAGUGUCUUCGAUGAUGGUUGAUUGGACCUCGAUGUUGUACAUGGCACUUUACGCGACAUUUAUAUUUCCAGCAUCAUACGUGACAGACAGGUGCGGUCUGCGAUGGACCGCCAUCAUAGGUGCCGGUUUUAACUGUCUGGGUGCCUGGAUAAAAACGUUUUCGAUUCAACCAGAUAGAUUUUACGUUGCUUUCAUUGGUCAAUCAAUAGUCGCAUUCGCGCAGACUAUGGUCCUGCCGUUACCAGGACGGGUGGCCGCGCAAUGGUUUCCUUCUACUCAACUCUCGACCGCUACGUCUUUGGGUAUUUUCGGCAAUCAAUUAGGAGUAGCAUUGGGUUUUCUUUUAGGGCCUAUAAUAGUAAAAAAUCACAAUAAUUUGAAUGAUAUUGGCAAAGAUUUGUCACGUUUAUGCUGGAUGGUCGCAAUCGUUAGCACAGUUGCAUUCGCCCUCAUACUUACAUUAUUUCAGAAGGAACCAAAACUACCGCCGAGCGAAACGCGGGCAUUGCAAAAAAUGAAUAGGACGAAGGAAAGAGAGAAAUUCAUAGAGCCGAUUAAAAGGCUCUGCAGAAACAAAAGCUUCAUCAUGCUCUGUAAUUCAUAUGGUUUGAACAUCGGCGUGUUCAGUGCUGUGUCUACAUUACUCAAUCAGAUAUUCCUCGUACACUUCGAGAAUGGAGAAGAAGAUGCAGGCAGAAUUGGUUUAGCCAUAAUUCUCACCGGUAUGGCCGGUUCUGUUAGUUUUGGUAUCAUCCUUGAUAAAACGCAUAAGUACAAAUACUUUAUGUCGGGAUAUCUGGCAAUGGGAUUUGAUUUGUGCGCCGAAUAUACGUAUCCAGAGUCGGAGAAUAUACCUGCGGGAUUUCUCAAUAUAACAACCAGUAUUUACGGCAUUAUACUCGUUAUAUCGUUAGGAUUAUUACUGCAAACUUACGGCGACAUUCCGGUGCAUAUAGGUUUAUGCUUAGUUUUGUUGCUCGGUUUCAUUAUGACCACUAUAACAAAAGAUGAACAGAGACGACAAGAUGCAAGAAAGAAGGCUCAAUAUACAGAAAUCGCAAAAAUUGAAAAAUACAUCGAUGACCUCAUCCUCGUCCUCCUUUAUAUCGGACUAGCGGUGACGUCAGAUUUAUCGGGGUAUAAGCCCAGGGGUUGGCGUCCUAAUGGCCGGCGUUUUAAUCCCAACAACAAUCGAUUGCAUGCGUAUUACGAUGCUCCGGGAUUACAAAGCUACGAACCGCCAGAUACCGCAGCUACCUAUCGCGACCCGUUAUUCACCACGACUACAACCACGCGGCCACGGACCACCACUGUAAAAACCACGACAACACCUCGCAGCAGGGAACCCACGACAUCGCCAAACGAACAAUCCGAGGACGAUUUCGAGACGACGAAUCCGGCUCUAGCAAUCGCGAAUUCUUUCGCGUUUAAUCGGCCUGUCUACGUCUACAAUACGUUCCCUUUUCUACCGGCUCAGAUUAUCGUAUAG